ACACAGACUCUCUCUCUUUCUCUCUCCCUCUCAAAUACUCUCCCUCCCUCUCUCUCUCUCUCUCUCUCUUUUGCUCUUGCGCUCACAGCGAGAGGGGAUAUCGGAAAGGGAAGAAUGAGGAAGAAGUCCGCCGUGCUGCGCGCCUCGUCCCAACAAAUGCGGGUUUGCUGAUGAAGCGCCACUCCGGUCAUCUGAUCACACAGGUCGUACAGGUCGCGCUGUAUGGAAACUAGGAGUAGGCAACAACAGACCACAACAAAUACAGAUAAAAAACUGUCAGUGCAUGGGAAUCCGGACACCUCUCCCCUUCUUUUGUGCGUCUCGCUUGGUGGAUACGCCGCCUGGGCUGGCGUAUAAGAGCUCCCUGCGUCUCCAUUUCCAUUCCCCACUACUGGUUUACCUCUACUACUACUAUUACUCCUCCUCGUCCACCCUGUACUGCUACUAUUAUUAGUAAUUCUAUAGUGCGGCUUUUACUACUGACUGUCUUCUCCGGAUCCUGGACACUUUCUGGAUAAAAAGGUUCAACAACUUCAUUAAUUGUCACCCAACAGUUCUGGUCGGGACGUAAACAUGGGCCGCUGGGAUCACUCCUCCGCCCUGUUCCCUGGCCUGAGGCUAGCGGUUGUCGCAAUGAUUCUCCUCAUCAAGCUUCAUCCCUCAUUGGCUGGCGCUCCCCCUGAGCACAUCUUAAGUGGCUCUGUUUCUGCUGUAUCCACAAAUAAAACUGAAUGCAGCAAGCCCGAGGCAUGCGCUAGGGGAGUGAUGUUACCUAUUUGGGAGCCCCAAAACCCUUCGUUUGGUGACAAGGUAGCAAGGGCUACAGUUUACUUUGUGGCUCUGGUCUACAUGUUCCUUGGUGUGUCAAUCAUUGCAGAUCGUUUCAUGGCAUCCAUAGAGGUCAUCACAUCGCAAGAAAAGGAAAUUACCAUUAAGAAACCCAAUGGUGAAACAACCACCACCACAGUUCGAAUCUGGAAUGAGACCGUCUCCAAUCUCACCCUCAUGGCUUUGGGCUCCUCAGCUCCAGAGAUCCUGCUGUCUGUCAUAGAAGUUAUAGGACAUGGUUUCCAUGCUGGAACACUCGGCCCCUCCACCAUUGUUGGCUCUGCGGCAUUCAACAUGUUCGUGAUCAUUGGCCUCUGUGUCUACGUUGUACCUGAUGGCGAGACGAGGAAGGUCAAACACCUCCGCGUCUUCUUCGUCACUGCCAGCUGGAGUAUCUUUGCCUACAUCUGGCUCUAUCUGAUCCUGUCCGUUAUCUCACCUGGUGUGGUGCAGUUGUGGGAAGGACUGCUCACGUUCUUCUUCUUCCCAAUCUGUGUGCUGUUCGCAUGGGUUGCCGACCGUCGCCUGCUGUUCUACAAGUAUGUGUACAAGCGCUACCGCACAGGCAAGCAGCGUGGCAUGAUCAUUGAGACCGAGGGUGACCGCCCCCUACCGUCCAAGGUGGACAUUGAGAUGGAUGGGAAGAUGCUGAACUCUCACGGUGUUGACUUCUUGGAUGGUCCGCUGGGUUUGGAUCUUGAUGAAAAGGAUCUGGAUGAGGAGGAGACCCGGAGAGACAUGGCCAAGAUCCUGAAGGAGCUGAAACAGAAACACCCUGACAAGGAGGUGGAACAACUUAUUGAGCUUGCCAACUACCAAGUACUGAGCCAGCAGCAGAAGAGCCGUGCUUUCUAUCGAUGCCAGGCCACCCGACUGAUGACUGGCGCUGGCAACAUCCUAAAGAAACAUGCAGCCGAUCAGGCACGAAAAGCCGUUAGCAUGCACGAGGUACGCUCUGAUGUUGGCGAUAAUGACCCCAUAUCUAAGAUCUUCUUCGAGCCAAAUUCCUACCAAUGCCUUGAGAACUGUGGUACAGUGGCAGUGAACGUGAUUAGGCGUGGCGGUGAUGUGGGCAAAACUAUAUCUGUGGAGUACCGGACGGAAGAUGGCACUGCCAACGCUGGCUCGGACUACGAGUUCACAGAGGGAGUGGUGGUCUUCAAGCCUGGUGAGACCAUGAAGGAGAUCCGUGUGGGGAUCAUUGACGAUGACAUCUUUGAAGAGGACGAAAACUUCUUGAUUCACCUUUCAAAUGUUAAGGUGUUGUCAUCAGAAGGGGAGGAGCCAGAGGACGGCGAGUCAGCUAAUCAUGUGGACUCAGUGGCCUGUCUCGGUUUACCCGCCACAGCAACGGUUACCAUCUUUGAUGACGACCAUGCCGGUAUCUUUACCUUUGAGGAGCCUGUAUGCCAUGUGAGCGAGAGUGUUGGCACCAUGGAGGUGAAGGUGCUGAGAACGUCCGGGGCUCGCGGUGUGGUCAAUGUGCCAUACAAGACAGUGGAGGGAACUGCACGAGGAGGUGGAGAGGACUUUGAAGACAUACACGGCAUCCUGGAAUUUCAGAACGACGAGAUCUUGAAGACCUUUACGGUUAGGAUCUUAGACCGGGAGGAGUACAAUAAGCAGUCCUCCUUCUACAUUCUGCUUGACAACCCCGAAUGGAGACGCAGCGGGAAGGAACGGACAGAGGAACAACAGAAGGAGGCUGAGGAGGAAGAAGAGCCGCUGGCAGGAAAAGAUGAUGAAGAAAGGCGUAUCGCUGAGAUGGGACGUCCCAUGCUGGGAGACCACGUCAAACUGGAGGUCAUCAUAGAGGAAUCAUAUGAGUUCAAGAACACAGUGGAUAAGCUGAUAAAGAAGACCAACCUGGCUCUGCUGGUAGGAACCAACAGCUGGAGGGACCAGUUCAUUGAGGCCAUCACUGUGAGCGCAGGCGAGGAUGAUGAUGACGAGGAGUGCGGGGAGGAGAAGCUGCCGUCAUGUUUUGACUACGUCAUGCACUUCCUCACCGUGUUCUGGAAGGUUCUGUUCGCCUUCGUCCCGCCAACAGACUACUGGAACGGCUGGGCCUGCUUCGUAGUCUCCAUCUGCAUGAUCGGACUUCUCACAGCCGUCAUCGGGGACCUGGCUUCUCAUUUUGGCUGCACAGUGGGCCUGAAAGACUCAGUCACAGCCGUAGUAUUUGUUGCAUUGGGAACCUCUGUACCAGAUACCUUUGCCAGUAAGGUAGCUGCUAUCCAGGAUCAGUAUGCAGAUGCAUCCAUUGGUAAUGUGACGGGGUCCAAUGCUGUCAAUGUUUUCUUGGGCAUUGGGGUGGCGUGGUCCAUUGCUGCCAUCUACCACAACAGCAGAGGGGAAGACUUCAAGGUGGAUCCAGGCACGCUGGCCUUCUCCGUCACGCUCUUCACAAUCUUUGCCUUCAUCUGUGUUGCCGUACUGAUGUACCGAAGGCGGCCAGAGAUUGGUGGAGAGCUGGGCGGGCCCAGGACUUCGAAGGUCCUGACCUCCAUGCUGUUCUUCAGUCUGUGGCUCCUCUACAUUCUCUUCUCCUCACUGGAGGCCUACUGCCACAUCCAAGGCUUCUAAGAUAACAGCAGAUGAUGAAGAUAAGGGUAGGAUGGAAGGAUAAAAUGGAGGGAGAAACUAUAAGGGGAGGUGGAUAAAUGGAUGGAUUUUGAAAUGAAGGCUCAACGAUCAUCAUUCCCUAUCUUUACGCAAUAGACUGAGUGAAGGUUGAUUGGAUGGAUGUACAGAUGAAGGAAUGCAUUGAAGCAUCUAAAACCAGAAUGGAAGGAAGGACAGAUGCAUGGAGGUAGAGAUCGUAGGAGCUAGAAAGCUCAGAAGGAAGCUCUGAAAGAAAUAAUUAACUAAGGAAUACAUUUUAUUUGGUCUCGAUAUAUAAAUUUAAAACAAUCAAGUUGUCUUAAACCAUCCCUGUUUUAAGCCCAAUAAAACACAUCCUCAACUUUGUUCCAGCUGGUUCAACCAUACAACAAACAAAAUUUAGUUUUAUGAAGACAGCAAGAGAAAGGUUAAAGUGACAGACGCACCACCACAACUCCUCGGAAACAUAGCAUCAAAAACAAACUAUCUCAUUAAAUCCCAUCCACAUGGGGUAGUGCUGCUCAUUCUUCAAUCUACAGUUACAGGCACCAAUGAGAUGGAAAAAGAACAGCUAAUAUCUGUAUCAGUAUGUAAAUGCAUGGCCUGACUAUACUGAAAACACAAUCAAAAGAAACUGGAUGUAUUGCAACAACUGUUUAAUGACAACGAACUGUGUGCGUGUUGGUGUGUGAGUGUGUUUCUGUGCUCGUGCGUUGUUGGAAGAUGGUCAAGUACUGUGAAAAAAAAACCGACUGAUUAUGCUGUCGCUAUGUGAGACAGAAUAUGCUUUCGUAUUCCAGGUCUUUUUGAUUCUUACCCUCCAGGUCUGUAGAAAAGCCGUGUCAGACUAUUUUAUGUGAGGGCAAGUUCAAUGAAGCAAAAUGCUUUGAAGGUUAGAAAUGUAAAUACAACGAGCUGAAGGUAAAUAACAGCUCCAAUAUGGUUCUUCUGAAUGUCUUGGUCAUGCCAUGCGCUCCUGAACGGGCCCUCUCUCUCUUUGUUGCUUUAUACUGUAGAUAUAAAUGAUUUAAGGUCUGGUUUGAAUCAAGAAGGGGUUAGUGUGCUUUUACCUUUAAUAGGCCAUGUCUGAAAAGACAAAACGGCCACUCUACCGUUUAAAACUGUUAGAGAAAUAAUAACCAUUGCAUUAAUACUAAGGUUAAUUGUGCUUGUUCAUUUUUGUUCAUUUUUUUAAACUGUGGAAUUCAAAUCACUGAUUUUCCACCAAGGGAUUGUCACCUUCAUGUGACAAUUGUGACAUUGCAAUAGACUUUGAAAAAAUUAGGUACCGCCCUCUGUGAAAUCUCAUAGGAUGUCUGUUUUAUAACUUCAUCUGUCAUUGUUUAUCUCAUAUUAAUGCCCAAUGGUUCACUCAACAGCUCCAGACAUUAUCUCUGUGUGUCUUAAGCACCUGGCUGGUCAGUGGACCAAUCCAAAAUAUUCAAGGGCUUUCUAUGAAACAACCACUAAUCCCUAACCACCCAAUUUAUAAUUCUUCAGAUAGAUUGGUCUUCAGGGAGCUCUAUAACAGGGAUUGUUAUUACUUCACAUAAGACACCAUCUGCUCAGUUGAAAGGACAUUACUUACAGUAACACAGCUACAUUAAUUGAAGACAUUGCCACCCAGAGCGUCAAGGGACAUCUUAAUAUUGGAGAAGGUUACAUAAAGAUUUUGAACCCUUUUUUUGGAAUCCGCAGUUGGUUAUGAGGACUACCAAUACAUUAGCCUUAUUCCAAACCAAACCAUCAAAGCAAUGUUCUUCUGCUUCAACUCAUUAUAAUAUUGCUGAUUUGUUCUACCCUUCAGGCAUGUGGCUCAUUAAUGCUUUAGCCCAAAUUAUGUGGUAUUGUUUGUUAAUUUGAGGUCAGGUGUUUGCUCAACCAGAACUAUUCUGUAACACACUUUAUUCCAAGCUUUACCCCUGCCUUCGAAAUGAACCAUUGACUUUUCCAUUCAGCAGCUAGUUUUCAGUCUUAAUAUUGGAGCCAUCAGAUGAAGAUAUAGUCCAAAAUUAUUUGCUGCUGGUGAAGAAGUAGUCUCACAAACAGAUACAAUUUAUGAUAGAUAACCCCUGAGAGGCACAUCGAAUCUCUAUAACCAAGUUGAUAAAAUAAACUGUUAGUAAAACAACCCCCAGAAAUUGCCCCAUUGGGACCUGUAUCAUAAAGUGAGUUGUCAGGUUCUGUUUGGAUUACAUUGUUCUGGAUCUAGUAUAGCCAGUCGCAGAUAAUCUAGUGAUUUCAUAGUUCAUAAAAACAACAUGCAACAUUAACACAUUAAAACGAGCAUGUUUAAAAACUCUAUUUGUCAUGUUUUCAGAGCACAAGCUGGCAAAAUGCAUCCCAUGUAAGAGCUAAGACUUUUAAAUGCCCAUGUCUGGCUCUAUAGGCUAGCUAGUAAACAUAUGUCAAAAUGUGCUUUCAGGAGCAUGGACUCUAUAAACACUAAAAUAUUCAACUAGGGAGUAGUCCGAUAGACCACACUAAACUGCAAGAGCAACUUACAGACAUUACCAGACACUAAUUUUCUGGGAAUCAUCUUUCCUGAGUCAGUCAUACAGAUACAUGAAAUGGAAAAGUGGCUUAAAAACUCAUAUGUGGAAAUUUUCAGGCCUACUGUAUCUCGACUAUCAGAGAGGUUUACAUUUAAGACUGUUAACUAUUUUACUUGGUCAGCCAAAAUCACAGAGAACUCAACUUUCACAAAACUUACUGUAUAUGUCCAUUGUUUCUUAAAUGGCACUAUACAAUAUGCAUCUGAAUUGGCCAGAAUUUUCCUGCUGAUGUUGUGUUUUUUAACUUGAUGUAUAAGUAGUAUUUAAUUGUCAUCUGUAAAGUAAGUAGUCUGGGCUAGUUGUAAUCCAUUUCAAACUUGGCAAAAAUCUUGCCACGGACAGCUUUCGACCCCUGUGAGAGAGUAGACCUCAGCAGAGCAGUGGAUUGGAUGAGUUUGGCAAAUCCCCAAUAUCUUCAGGACAUUUUAUAGAAAGGCUUGAGCUUUUUUUUUCAGUAAUUUAUAUAUUUGUCAUUCUCUCAUUCCUGAAAUGAUGCACCCAAAAUAUGGAAACCUUUCAGACUGACUCAAUGAUUCAUUGUUUCAGUAUCUAGUCCAACACCAGGGUUCCAGCAAUAUGGUUUGGAAUCCUGAAAUCUGUCCACUUCACAAUUGACUAAACAUUGCAGCAUACAGUGCUGUGUUUUAUAGAGAACCAAAGCCUAUUAGAGAACCAUUUAAAGAGUAAACGAUUGGUUUGAACUCUAAUGUUGAAUCACCCUUUGAACGCUUGGUAUAAAAUGAGAUUGCUUACUUACAACUUGUAUUUGCCAAACUCUACCCAGUGUGCGGCUCUUCAUUAGAGCAGCUGUUCUUUUGAAGGCCUUGGAGUGGCAGUUUACCCCUGUUUUUGCCAAAGGGAAAUCUUUCUAUCAAAAACUUACAGUCGGACCUGUAAAGGGUUUUCUAACCAAUGGAGCUUUCUAAAAAAACACCAAAUAUUAUUCAUGUUUCAUUAACACUCUAGACCGACACAAAAAAUGCCUUGUCAUUGUUUAAACCUAACCAGAAUCUUUCUAUUUACAUUUCUUAUGCAUUUGUCUCUUCACUGGCAUGGAGCUUAAGGUUUAUACACUGUAAAAAGUUAUGCUAGCUUGCGCAAAAAAAAAAAAAAGAAGAAGAAAUAACAUUGUGAAAGCUGUUUGCCUCACUUUUUGAGUAACUUCAACAGGGUAUAAAUUAUCUUUGAGAUUGCUUAGUCAUGUUGGAUUUACUUAAAAGUGUGUCUGCUACCUAAUUUGUCAGAGUGAACUAGUGCAGGAAUGAAAAGCUUGCAGUAGUGUAGUUGUUGGAUGACAUUAGUUUGCCGCACAAAUUUUCCAGAAGCCAACAUUUUGUAUUGAUAGGAGCUACUUCUUUUGCUACACCUACUUUGUGUCACCGCCUCUUUCAGUGUAUUGACCUUGACUUAGAAGCUAGUCUGAUGUGAAGCAUAUUGCAGAUUAACGACAGCUGUUCAAAACCCCAUGGGGUUUGGACCAAGGUUGGAAGCUAAAAAAUGGCUAUCAUCAACUAGCAAUUUUGCCCUCUUUACCUGCAACAAUUGUAAGUACCAAACCAAGUUAUUUCUCUACUUAACUUAUUUCUCCACACAAGGGGAUCACAAUAGCAGUUGAAUAUAGCUUCCUACCUUGGUUUGAGCUUUUGAGGUUUGAAGGGUCAAAGGUUAGCCAGGCCACCGCUGUAAAUAGAACACUAAGAGCAAGCAAGGAGUACAUAAAUGAGCUGUAGACUAAGGUAGAUGUUUUUUAUUCUUCUAUACUGGGGUUUUAAAAGGUUCACAAAGUCUAAAAAUUGAAGGAAAAGUAUUGCACUGGUUCCUGUUGCUUGUGUGAAACGGCUACUGCAUUGUUUUGUCGGAAAAACUUGCUUCAGAUGUAAACAACAACAACAACAAUAACAGGUUCUUUUUGGACUCUGUAUGUUCACAAUAAUAAUGUUGUACGUUGAAAAAAAAAAUACAAUGGUGUUGAAUCAGUUGUGAACCAUUUGCAAUGUUGCUUCUGAUGUAAAGAUCAAUGCUGCGUUUUUCGUUGCCUCGUUUACUUCUUAACUGACUGUCUGACAGACUGAGGAAUAAGUGACUGCAACAGCAAACAGACAGGGAGAAAAAAACAAGUGAAAGAAAGGAAGGAUAAACAACCCUGCUGGUACACGCUGAGCGACGUCAUUCUGAGACGUUGGGGAAAAAAACAUUACCAGAGCUAUUCUCCACCCUUAAAGUGACAUUUAAUGAGUAUAAUGUAAACGGACGGUGAUAAGAGGAGGAUGGAGGAGAAGAUGAGUAGGAAGAGGAUGAACAUUAAAGAUAAAAAAAGAUGAAGUUACAGCCAUACCUUGAUUUCUGGGUCAGUGAGAUUGAAAUGGACUUCUCCUGCCCAGCAUGUGUAUUGUUAUAGUGUCUCUCGGCCCCUCUGUGUCUCUGCCCCCUCUUUCUCUGUCUUUCUUUUUCUGCUGCUAAAGCAACCAAAAACAGGCAGCAAUCCUUUUGUUUCAUCUUUUCUUCUCUCCUUUUUCCCCCUAAAAAUUCCCUUUUCGACCCUUUGUCUCCCUUUGCCACGUUUUCCAUAUUUUGGAAUGUCAAUGUGCUACUUGUUGACACUGUGCAUGAAUGAUAACAUGUCUGUAUAUAGUAUUAGAGAAUCGUAUCCCAUUCCCCUGGUGUUGACAAAAUAAUGGUUAGAAUGUUGUACAGAUUCAGGUUUUCUGUUCAUCUUUAUAUUCUGUUCAGUUACGUUUUUUUUUUUAAUGUAUGUAGAGCUUAAAAACAGUAUGUUUUAAUUUAAACGAAGACAAAAGUCGUCUUUUGCUUUGAAAUAACUUGCACAUUACUGAUAAAUUAAUUAAGUUUUUUUUGUUAAAAAGGCAAUAUCUGCUGUUAUUGAAUGAAAGAUGAGAUCUUAAAGGAGUUAUGUAUCUUAAAUCAAUAAUCUAUACGGAAGUUGCAUGGGUUAUUUGUACAAAAAAAAAGACACUGCUUGCUACUUCUAAUACUGUGGCUGUAUUCUCUGACAGAGGGUGAGGAAUACUGUAUGUACAUCUAAAGGUUAUUUUGUCAUUAAAGAAAUAAUUAUAAUUAUAAUAAUAAUAAUAUAGUGUAUAUACUGUACAGUGUUAUAAGUGAGGUGGACUGUAUGGCCAUCACGCUAACCAUAGAGAGUUAAUGCUACUUAUUUAUUUAAAGGUAACAAAAACGCUCACUACACUCAAGAAUGACAUAUAUUGCCUUUUUGGAGAAGUUGUAGUUUGCUUCAAGCUGGUUUUCUCUUUCUCUCUCUCUCUCUUUCUCUCUUUCUCUCUCUCUCUCGCUCUCUCUCUCUCUCUCUCUCUCUCUCUGCUUUGCUCUUUCUCCUCACUCCUCAUCUGGCUACCCUCUAUUAUCAUUUUUUUUUUCUUGUCAGCUUUCUUCCCAUCCUCGUCUCCUCUUCUUUGUGGGGCGUUUUGGGUGGGCUUUUGGUAGUCUUUUUUAAAACAGCUUUUGACAGUGUCACUUUUUCUUUUUCAUCCGUCUGGCUGCAUAUCAAUUGACUCAACAUACCUGCUCGUAUUCUCCUUACAUGUAUAUCCUCCAUGGUUAAGUACAGCUUAUUUGUCUAUGUCCCCAUCUGUCUGAGUCUCUUACAGGAUCAUCUGUCUCCAUCUGUCUGAUUUGAAACUGUAUGCCAUAUUUUUCUUCAAUCUUCCUUUUUUUUAAUCCCUCUAUUAGCUUCAGCACUUUUUUCCAUCUUGUUCUUUCUUUCUUUCUUUCUUUCUUUUUCUUCACUUUCACAGGGUGUAGUCGGAGAUUCAUGUUUUUCAACUUGAUUUGGUGUGUUUUUUUUUUCUAAUGGAAUAAUAACCGCAACAGUUAUAAUGUUGGUAAUUAUGAACGUUUAUUUUGUUUGCCACUGUCCUCUGUGUGUUUGUGUGCGUGUGUUAAUUUUUAAUGUUUUUUUUAUUAAUAAUUUUUGUUGAACACAAACUGAUAGGAGGAAAGUUGUUGUAUGUGUGUUGCCACUAACUGUGACUGCUCUCCAUGGUACUUCUGAUAAAACCAAUAAAAUAAAGUUUGGGAUACCCUGUU